CCAAUAUAGUACGUGCGCGUCCACGUGUGUCUGCUGUGCUCGCUACUGUUCCUGCGGAAUUUAGGAGACUGUGGUCGGACUCCGGAAGGCUCCCACCUAGAAAAUAAUGAACAACAAAUUUGACGCUCUGAAAGACGAUGACAGUGGAGACCACGACCAGGACCAAGGCUCACCGAAAGACAGUGAGAAGGAAAAAACUGAAGACGAGGACAAGGACCAGAACACCUCCAAGAGAAAGAUGGUGGUGCCAGGGGCAGGAGAGCACCCUCUUCAAUACAACUACACCUUCUGGUACUCCAGACGCACCCCAGGGAGACCAGCCAGUACUCAGAGCUACGAGCAGAACAUUAAACAGAUUGGCAGCUUCGCCUCGGUGGAGCAGUUCUGGCGUUUCUAUAGUCACAUGAUCCGGCCAGGUGAUCUGACAGGCCAUAGUGACUUCCACCUCUUCAAGGAGGGUAUUAAACCCAUGUGGGAGGAUGAUGCCAAUAAGAUGGGUGGGAAGUGGAUUAUCCGUCUGAGGAAAGGCCUGGCCUCCCGUUGCUGGGAGAACCUGAUCCUGGCCAUGCUCGGGGAGCAGUUCAUGGUUGGAGAGGAGAUCUGUGGGGCUGUGGUGUCGGUACGCUUCCAGGAGGACAUCAUCUCCAUCUGGAACAAAACAGCUAGCGACCAAGCAACCACUGCCCGUAUCAGAGACACCCUGCGCCGAGUGCUCAACCUGCCUCCCAACACCAUCAUGGAGUACAAGACUCACACAGACAGCAUUAAGUAUAGCAUGGGAAGACUUCCAUGGACUGGUGAAUGCUAGUGGCGGACGUUAGCCCCUCACACA